UGGCUCUGUUGGGGGGAUGCUGGUUGCCCGGGAGAUGGGGAUGGCUUCCUGGCGAGUUGGUGGAGGCUCCUGAAGCCUCGGGCUGUGGGAGCGGUGGCUGCCUGGGGCCCCCUCGCCCGGCUCGGCCAUGGCCAGCGUGCACGAGAGUCUCUACUUCAACCCUAUGAUGACCAACGGGGUGGUGCACGCCAACGUGUUCGGCAUCAAGGACUGCGUCACCCCCUACAAGAUGGCGCUGCUGGUGCUGCUCAGCGAGCUGGGCCGGGCCGGGGCCCAGCUCAGCCUGCUGGAGAGGCGGCGCCUCAACCGGCUGCUGCUGCCGCUGCUGCAGGGCCCUGAUAUGACGCUGUCACGAUUGCAUAAGGCUAUUGAAGAAUCCUGUCCUAACUUAGCAAAUUCUGUGCAAAUAAGGAUAAAACUGAUGGCAGAAGGGGAGUUGAAAGACAUGGAACAAUUUUUUGAUGACCUUUCAGAUUCAUUUACUGGGACAGAACCAGAAGUUCACAAAACAAGUGUAGUAGGUUUAUUUCUGCGCCACAUGAUCUUGGCAUACAACAAGCUUUCUUUCAGUCAAGUCUAUAAACUUUACACUGCACUUCAACAGUACUAUCAGAACGAUGAGAAAAAAACUGGAAUUGAUGAGACCGAUAUGGAGCUAACAAAUACUGAAGAACUCGAAGGGAAAAUGGAAAAAGAAGAACUUGAUGUACCUCUAAGGCUUCUUUAUUAAAGAAUGACGAGACAAAGGCUCUUACUCCAGCAUUUUUACAAAAGGAAUUGAACAAUUUGCUGAAGUUUAAUCCAGACUUUGCUGAAGCACAUUAUUUAAGCUACUUAAAUAGUCUUCGAGUACAAGAUGUCUUCAGUUCAACACACAGCCUCCUUCACUAUUUUGACCGUUUGAUUCUCACUGGAGCAGAAAGCAAAAGCAAUGGAGAUGAAGGUUAUGGACGAAGUCUGAGAUACGCUGCUCUUAAUCUAGCUGCUCUGCAUUGUCGGUUUGGCCAUUAUCAGCAAGCUGAGCUUGCUCUCCAGGAAGCCAUCAGAAUUGCACAGGAGUCCAAUGAUCAUGUUUGCUUGCAGCACUGCUUGAGUUGGCUGUACAUUUUGGAGCAGAAGAGAUCAGAUAGCUGUGUCCUGUUGGAACACUCUGUGAAAAAAGCUGUACAUUUUGGAUUGCCAUAUCUAGCUUCCCUGGGAAUACAGUCCUUGGUUCAGCAAAGAGCUUUUGCAGGAAAAACCGCUAACAAGCUAAUGGAUGCCUUAAAGGACUCUGAUCUGUUGCACUGGAAACAUAGCUUGUCCGAGCUUAUUGAUAUUAGUAUAGCACAGAAAACUGCCAUUUGGAGACUAUAUGGUCGCAGCACCAUGGCACUUCAGCAAGCCCAGAUGUUGCUGAGCAUGAACAGUCUAGAAGCUGUAAAUGUGGGUGUUCAACAGAAUAAUACGGAAUCUUUUGCUGUAGUAUUGUGUCACCUGGCUGAGCUACAUGCAGAACAGGGAUGCUUUGCUGCUGCUUCAGAAAUAUUGAAACAUUUAAAAGAGAGAUUCCCUCCCAGUAGUCAGCAUGCACAGCUGUGGAUGCUGUUUGAUCAGAAAAUACAGUUCGAUAGAGCUAUGAACGAUGGGAAGUACCAUGUUGCCGAUUCUUUUGUGGCAGGAAUUACAGCACUUAAUAGCAUUGAAGGCGUGUACAGAAAAGCCAUUGUAUUGAAAGCUCAGAAUCAGAUGUCCGAGGCGCACAAACUUUUACAGAAACUGUUGAUCCACUGCCAAAAUAUAAAAAACACUGAGAUGGUGAUUAGUGUACUUCUGUCAAUAGCAGAACUUUACUGGAGAUCUUCAUGUCAUACAAUAGCACUGCCUGUCCUGCUUCAGGCUCUCGCUCUUUCUAGAGAAUACCGUCUACAGUACUUGGCCUCUGAAACUGUCCUGAACUUGGCUUUCUCCCAGCUAAUUCUUGGUAUUCCUGAACAAGCGCUGAAUAUUCUGCAUACGGCAAUAGAACCUAUCUUGGCUCACGGGGCGGUACUGGACAAAGGCUGUGCCAUGUUCUUGGUGGCCAAAUGUCAAGUUGCUUCUGCAGCUUCCUAUUCUCCACCAAAGAAGGCAGAAGCUCUGGAAUCUGCUAUCCUGAACCUAAAUGAAGCCAAGACUUAUUUUGCAAAAGUGGACUGCAAAGAACAGCUCAGAGACGUUCUUUACUUUCAGGCCAGACUCUUCCACACCCUGGGAAAGAUUCAAGAAAGAAACAAAUGUGCCAUGCUAUUCCGUCAAGUGCACCAGGAGCUGCCUGCUCACGGUGUUCCAUUAAUUAAUGCCUUCAAGUGAAGUGUUUAAAGCUGAGGCUUCCCUCUGUGUGUUCCUGCUGUUGUUCCCCCCCCCCCCCCCUUUUUUUUUUUUUUAAUGUCUUCAGUAUGUUCAAUCAUCACUAUUUGGAAAUAAUUACCAAUAAACUAUGUUCUUCUGUUUAGAAAA